UAUUCUGAGCCCCGGCCAACUUUCACUUGAAGAGACGAGGCGCUGCUCUCCAAGCAAAAAAUGAACGGCAGGCAGGCGCCAGGCGCGCAUCGGAUCCCUCACCCUCCCCUCCUAGGCUAGAGCAACGUCUCUCUUGCGCUGGCUGACUCGUACACCCCCUCCCGACCCCACCCACCAGACUAGCCGUUGUCCCUCCUCACGCCGGUCGCGCCCAACGGCCAAAUCCCGGCGCCCGCGCACAAGUACCCACCCCUCCUCCACCCUCCCAUUCCACCCAAGCUCGCACCCAACCCAAAGCCUCCUCCCGCUCCCUCGCUCCAACGCAAGCGACCAGAUCGGAUUCGUCCGCGGCGGCGAUGGCGGGGAAGUCGCACACGCGCAAGGCCUUCCUGCUGUGCAACUACGUGCUCCUGGGGGCCGCCUCCAGCUGCAUCUUCCUCACGCUCUCGCUCCGCCUCCUGCCCUCCCCGUGCGGCCUCCUCCUCCUCUUCCUCCACGCCCUCACCGCCGUCUUCUCCGCGACCGGCUGCUCGGGAUCCUUCACCGCCCCGGCCACCCCGGCCCAGUGGCACAACGCGCACACGGCCGGCGCGGCGCUCACCGCCAUCUUCCAGGGCGCCGUCGCGCUGCUCGCCUUCACCCGCACCUCCGACUUCCUCGCCGAGCUCCAGUCCUACGUCCGCGACGAGGAUGGCGCCGUUAUACUCAAGAUGGUCGGCGGCCUCGGCACCGCCAUCUUCGUCCUCGAGUGGGCCGCGCUCGCGCUCGCCUUCUCCCUCCGCCUCGACGACGAGGACGAGGACCACACCAAGAACUGGCAGUCCUACCAUGUCUGAUGACCUCCCCGGCGUAUCCACUCGUGUACGAGCUGAGUGAAAUGAAGAUUCGUUGAUUCUUUGCGUGCUGUUCUUAGUAUGUACUAUUGCCGUCGUUCUUUUGUACUACUAUCUACUAUGGCCUCACAUUCUGUUCAAUUACAUUGUCAAAGCAAAUAUACGUUGCUUUGCUGCCUUUGCUUC